AUGGCGGAUAACGACUCGACUGCGCAGAUGGCCGUAACCCUCCAGCUUCCCACCUUCUGGGCCCACAGACCAUCUGCAUGGUUCUCCCAUGUGGAAGCUCAGUUUGCCUUGAGACACAUUCAAUCACAAGAAACUAAGUCCAACUUAGUCAUCGUCAGCUUACCGGAAAAUGUGAUUGAAGACGUCUCAGAUGUGCUAGAUGACCCAGCACCGAAUCUUUACGAUCGCCUCAAAACCGCCCUCAUCAAACGUGUUGCACUUACUGACCAGCAGAAAGUGCAAGAACUUUUCAGGGAUGUGCAUCUGGGUGAUCGCAAGCCGACGCAACUGCUUCGUCAGAUGAAGCAGCUGAUUGCUGACUUCAACAUUGAUGAAGCAUUUCUCAAGCAACUGUGGUUACAGAGGUUACCACAGUCGGUUCAAGGGAUCCUCGCACCCUUCCAUAAGUGUCCCUUAAUAGAGUUGGCGGAAGCGGCUGACAGAGCUGUGGAUGCUACGAAACCCAACACUAGUAUCUCAGCUGCACUGUCUACUGCCACGGAUUCGUCCAAAACCCACAUCCUCCCUCGGCUGUUGAGCCAACAAGUUUCGAUGUUAUAA